AAAUCCGCGGUCACACUGAUGGAACGGUAGAUAUAAACAACAAUUGCACAAGUCGCGCGGAAAAUUAUUAUUAACAAAUGAUUUCGACGUGAGAUAAAUGAGGUGCAUUCAUUUGGCAAGAACGAAACAUACGAGCCAGUGCCGUGCCAGUGCAAAGUGCAAGCCGAAACUUCGGUUUCGAGAAGAGUCGCCAAGAAUAAAUCUGUGCUAUUAACAAAAACAAAAGGAAUCAGGAGUCAGAGUCUGCCAUGAGCCGUCUUCUGGAGAAGCCGAACAUUGCCAUGUCCAUUAAGUCAACGGGUAGUCAAUUAUCGAGCACAGUGGCCACCACCGCAACGGGUGCGGGUACUGCUGCUGCUGCGUCUGCAUCUGCAUCCACAGAUGUGGAGGAUGAGGAUGCGAAUGGAAAGCAUCAUGUGACAUCAUCAUCGGAGCAGCAAACAUCAGCAAUAGAAACACCCGCCAAUUCAGUCAGCACCAGUCCUAGUCCCAGUCCCAGCCCCAGCGUGCGCACCAAUACCAGUAUCGACCAGGUGGUCAUUAGUCUGGUGUCUGGAGCGGCGGCAGGGGCUUUGGCCAAGACCGUCAUCGCUCCGCUGGACCGCACAAAGAUCAACUUUCAGAUACGCAAAGAUGUGCCCUUCUCGUUUCGUGCCUCGCUGCGGUAUCUGCAGCACACCUAUGCCAAUGAGGGUGUCCUGGCCCUGUGGCGUGGCAACUCAGCCACCAUGGCCAGGAUUGUGCCCUAUGCGGCCAUACAGUUUACGGCCCACGAGCAGUGGCGCAGGAUCCUGCAGGUCGACAAGGAUGGCUCCAACACAAAGUUACGCCGCUUUGUGGCUGGCUCACUGGCGGGCAUUACGUCCCAAUCGUUGACGUAUCCCCUGGAUCUGGCACGCGCACGCAUGGCUGUGACGGACAGAUACACGGGCUACCGGACGCUGCGGCAAGUCUUUGCCAAGAUUUGGGUGGAGGAGGGCCCACGGACGCUGUACCGUGGCUAUUGGGCCACAGUGCUGGGUGUGAUUCCCUACGCGGGCACCUCCUUCUUCACCUACGAGACCCUCAAGCGGGAGUACCAUGAAAUGGUUGGCAAUAAUAAACCGAAUACUCUGGUGUCGCUGGCGUUUGGUGCUGCGGCUGGUGCCGCUGGCCAAACGGCGAGCUAUCCCCUGGAUAUUGUGCGCCGAAGAAUGCAAACGAUGCGUGUGAACGAAGCAAAUAAUGAACGCUGUCCCACCAUUCUAGAGACGCUCCUCAAAAUCUAUCGUGAGGAGGGUAUCAAGAAUGGCUUCUACAAGGGCCUCAGCAUGAAUUGGCUGAAGGGCCCCAUUGCUGUGGGCAUUAGCUUCUCCACCUAUGACCUGAUCAAAGCCUGGCUGAGGGAGCUGUCCCACUUGAAGCGUGGCCGGCUGGAGGAUUAGCAGUCGAAGCCUCCCCAACCCAACUCCCAAACACACACCAAAAAACGCACUGCUUUCGUUCGUAAGUCUCACAUGAUGCAAUAAUAAAGCUGGCGAGGGAAUUGUGCAGCGCCAGAAUUGCUCUAAUUGUUAGAUAUUUUUAGUUGUUAAUUGUGCAGGAGAGGAGAAGCGAUGCGAAAAAACACUCGCCGAAACGCUUAAGAUUUGUUAUAAACCAUAAUUGAUUUAUUAUCUGCUUUAAGCCCCAAAGUAAUAAAAAAAAAAAAAUAGUCUGUAUAUUGAUUCGCCCUAAGCCCUGGUAUCCUAUUUUGUAUUCAGCGGCAUUACCUGGACAAUAACUUACUCUUUUACUCCUAGACUAAUGAUUUAAUGAAGAUUUGUAAAUGUAUUCUGUCAAUUUGCUUUCGUAAUUGUAAAAAUGGCCAUGAAUUUACCAUGAAUGUUCACCAGCGAAAUCAUCUUAUGCAUAUAUUAUAUAUACGAAUAUAUUGUAUGUUAGUGUGUUU